CUUCUUCUUUUCAUUUCUCUCUUCACUCUUUUUUUGUACUAAAAAUUCCUCUUCAUCAAAACAAAACACUUUCCAUUCCCUACAAAAUAACCACCAAAGAAAAAAAAAUGUUGGGUUUGAGUGUAGUGUUAGAAGCUCAAAAAAGUGGUAUUAAUAAGAACAAGGAAACACCAAAAGUGAUUAACAAAAUAAUGAUGCUUAAUAGCAUCAACAAACAAUCUUCUAUUGUUUCCUUGAAUUCUUGUUCUCAUCAUGAAUCUCAUUUUCAGGAACAACAAACAACUUUUCUAGAAAUUUGUUUUCUUUGCAGGAAAAGGUUGUUACCUGGAACAGACAUCUACAUGUACAAAGGGGACAGAGCUUUCUGCAGUGUGGAAUGUAGAUGCAAGCAGAUUUUCAUGGAUGAGGAAGAAAGUAACAAUGUUCAGAAUGAGAAUUGUUAUUUUGCUGCAAUUUCUUCUUCAGAAGCUGCUUAUCAUGAAAAAGGAAGAAGAAACCAAAAUGGUGGUUUUGCUUAUUGAAUGAAGAAAGGAAAAGUAGUUUUAGAAAGUAGAAAGAAAAUAAUGGUAGUAUUUUGUGAAGAAAAAAAAAAGGUUUUUUUAUAUUAGGAAAGUAAUUAUGUUCCAGUUUUACCCUGCUAAUUAAUGUUGUGAUAAGGUCAAAGUGUUUUGUCCUGUUGUGUUUCCUUGUAUGAAGCUGAAACGUCCUUUCUACUUUUUGUUUAAUGGGGCUCCAUCUCCAACCUCUUUGGCUAUAGUGUGAUUUUGGUUAUUAUAAUUGACUUUGGUA